AUGAUCGAGAGCUGCCACCUUACGGCCUUUCCAGAUUUCUCUCCUUGGCGUUUUCUUCUAGCUCUCACCUUUGCGUCUCGCAGCUCCUGCUGCCUUCGCCCGCAACGCUGUGUGGGCGGCGCUAUCCUCCCACGCACUUGUUUUGCACGACGAAAUACUUCCUUGUUCUCGCGCUUCUUCUCUUUCCUCGUCUUCUUUCUUAGUGCAGUUCUCAUCUGCGGCACCCCUGUUCCUUCUUCUGCUCGUCCCUCUCCUCUUCUUCCCCUUCUCGCUUUCCUCGCGCACUCCUCGAUUCACCACCCCUCCUCUUCGCCCUCGCUCCUCUUGUCGCUCUCCCUCUCUCUCCAACGCUCUCCGCUCUCGUCUUCCGCUUCUCCGCCGCGUCCUUCCCCUCUUUCUGCCCGGCCUUUUGUUUCUUCCAGUCGCGCUUCCGCUUCUCGGCCUUCGGCUGCGCAACUGCGUCGGGUGUAUAUACACCGCGCAGGCGCCUCAGGAGUCGCGCCUGUGUCCGUCUCGCGUGCGCGACAGCCCCCGUCUUUUCGUGCAAGCACAAUGGCGUCGGCCUUGUCGACACGCCUCAGCUUCUUAGGCAGGCCUUUCUCAGGAGCAGCUUCGCCGCUGCGAGGAGAGACCGCUAGCCUGGAGAUGGAGCAUGCAUCCCUCUGUCGUCCUUCGAAGACUCUCUUGCCUCGUCUCCAAAUCGCCGCUGGUUCCAGCCUCCGGCGAGGCGGAGACUUCCUUGCGCAACGCCCACUUUCGCCGUUCCUUCCUGUGAGCGAAACGCGUGCGAGAGGCGCCUUCCUGUCGAAAAGAUUUUUCUCGUCCUCCCUUCUCUCGCCAGCUCUCGCCACGCGCUCCCAUAACAGCCUCACCCCUGCCCCUCCCACCUUUUUCUCUCGCCGCUGUCUCUCUUCUUCUCUCUCUCCCCUUUCUUCUCUCUCUUCCCUCUCUUCUCUCUCUUCGCUCUCUCCCCUUUCUCCGCUUUGCUCAGGGGCGUCUCGGUCCAGUCGUCGCGCCGCAUCGGCUCGGUUCUCCUCCUCUGCGUCCUUCCCCGUCCAAAGCCAUCUCGAGGGCGACGUGCUCCCUGAGCCUCCUGCGGGUGUAUAUACACCUGAGGGCCUCGGCGACGAGGGCGGUUUCGCGCGCGGGCCAGGAGUGUCUGACGCGUUCUUCGCGCCGGCCGGCGAUCUGGCCUCGCCGGCGUCCAUGAGUUUCCUCUUCAACAGCGUGGUGAAAGUCUACAGCGACUUCACAGAUCCAAACUACUCACUUCCCUGGCAGAUGCAGAGGCAAGGCACGAGCACGGGAAGCGGUUUUGUCCUCAGAGAUCGCCUCAUCAUGACCAACGCCCACUGCGUGUCCUGGAACAACCGGCUGCAAGUCAGAAAACACGGGUCCCCAAACAAGUUUGUGGCGAGGAUCGUGGCGGUGGGGCACGAAUGCGACUUGGCGCUCAUCACCGUCGACGACGAGGCGUUCUGGCAAGGCGACUUGGCCCAACUGGAAUUCGGCGAUGUGCCUGCGCUCCAAGACGCAGUGGUUGUCUUGGGCUAUCCGCGGGGAGGAGACAAUCUGUGCAUCACCUCCGGCGUUGUGAGCCGCGUGGACGUGAACCCCUACGCGCACUCAAACACCUGUCUCCUGUGCGUGCAGAUUGACGCCGCCAUCAAUCCGGGAAACAGUGGUGGCCCAGCUCUGAAAGACGGACGCGUCGUCGGCGUGGCCUUCCAAGGCUUCGACAACGCCCAGAACAUUGGAUACAUCGUCCCCACCACUGUCAUUCGACACUUCCUCGACGACGUGAAAAGACACAACGGUGUCUACACCGGGUUUCCGUCUGCGGGAAUUGUGUUCCAACACCUCGAGAACAAAAGCAUGCAAACCUUUCUAGGCAUUGACAAAAUCAAACCGGAACAGCUGCCACCAGGAGUCGAACCUUCCGGAAUUUUAGUGACGAUGGCUGACGAGCUCCGCGCGGGCCAAUUCGUGCGCCGCAUGGAAGGCUCAGAGUCUGAAAAGCAAACGCCGGAGAAUGCGGGACAGAAAAUGGACGAGAAGAAGGAAGAGAAGAACGCGAAGGAAAAGGAGGACGAAGACGUUCGCAUGAAAGACGGCACGCGAGUUGGGUUGAAGAAAAACGACGUCAUUCUUGCGAUUGAUGGAGUCGACGUAGCCAACGAUGGGACUGUCUUCUUCCGAGAGAUGGAACGGGUCAACGUCUCCCACACAAUUUCUUCCAAAUUCAUCGGCGACACUCUCCGAGCGACUGUCCUGAGAAAGAAGGAGGUUGUCGAUGUCGUUAUUCCUCUCAUCGAGGAGAACGCGCUGGUGCCGAAGCAUCAGUGGGACCAGAAAGCGCGCUAUCUGAUCUACGGCGGCCUCGUCUUCUGUCCCCUCACCCUCGAGUAUUUGAAAGACGAGUUUGGAGCAAAAUUCAGCGAACGAGCUCCUGCGUCGCUCCUCCAACCCCUCGCCGACAUCUUUGCGACGGAAGAAGGCGAAGAGCCUGUCAUCCUCAGCCACAUUCUCGCGUCAGACCUGACCAGCGGAUACACCUUCCGCAAUUGCCUCCUCACCCACGUGGACGGUCAGAAAGUUCUCAACAUGAAACAUCUCGCAAAACUCCUCGGCAUGCCUCUGCCCUCUUCUUCUUCGGCUCCUUCUUCUCCCUCCACUUCUUCUCUUUCUACUUCCGGUGUGUCUGAGAAGAAAGAAGAGGAGAAAAGCGAGAACGACUUUGUGAUUUUCCUCUUGGAGAACAAGGUCCAGUUGGUCUUGGAGCGAUCGAAAGCCGAGGCGAUGCAGCCGUUCAUUCUCAAGCAGCACGCGAUUCAUUCGCCGACGAGCGAGGUUCUGUAG